AUGGCGAACCCACUGGAUACAGACGCCGGCUCAGAGCUUUUCAGCAACUAUGAAGCCGAGCUGAAACUCGUACAAGCAGACCUCAGUCAAAAGCUCGAUCAAAUAACAGAAUUAUCCGGUGAACCCAGGAAAUCAGCAGUACGGUUAGCGGAGCGCUCACUUGAAGAAGCCAAUGAACUGCUUGACAUGAUGCGCAUCGAGAAACAAAACAUACCCUCCGCAACCCGCUCGCGCAUAAAUCCCCGCUUCCGCAACUUCGAAACCGACAUCGACGCCGCGAAACGCAAGCUGAAGACUCUCUCCGACGACCGCUCCGCUCUCUUCGGCUCCCGCUACUCCGACAACCCAACCAAAGACGACCAGCUCGAGCAGCGCCAGCAACUACUGAGCGGAACGGAUAGGUUGGACAGGAGCAGUCAGCGGCUGAGGGACAGUCAGAGAGUGGCAAAUGAAACGGAGGAUAUUGGAAGGGGGACGCUGGCAGAUUUGCAGUUGCAAAGGGAGACGAUUCAGCAUACGAGGGCGACGAUGUUGGAGAGUGAGGGGUAUGUGGAUCGCAGUGUGAAGACGCUCAGGGGGAUGGCGCGUAGGAUGGCUACAAAUCGGAUUAUAACCGUCGCGAUCAUCACCGUGCUCGUUCUUCUAAUAAUCCUGGUUGUCUAUAGCAAAUUCAAGUAG